AUGUUUGAGGAAUCCCUCGGUAAACUAUUAAAUAUUAUACAGUCUGAAGAUUGUUAUAAAAUACAGAUCAUCAGUAGAGAAGAUAUAAAAACAUUUAUUAAGUUUUUAGAUUACAACAAUAUUACGUUUUAUUUGCAUUCUUGGAAUGCAAGUUCUGAUAGUCCAAAUGAUAUUCAUAUUUACACAUCCUUAAAAAAUCUAAAUUUAAAUCACAAAAAAAUAAUUCUAUAUUCUAAUAUUUAUAACAUUAAUUUUGUGCAAUAUGUGUUUACUCCUACAUACACAGAUAAAUUAAUGUUUUAUAAAUCAUACAAAAACAGUAAAAAAGUUAUUGAUACAUAUAACACUUAUACAAUACAUGAAUUAUAUAAUAAGAUUUGUAUACAAGAAAGUAUUAUAGAAAAAUAUGUAGAAAUAUUUUUUGACUAUUAUGAGGUAUUACUCCUUUAUGCAGUUUCAAAAUAUUCAGAUAUUUUUAAAAUAUUAUCUUGUGUACAAGGCAUUGAUGAAAAAAUACAAAAUUUAUUUUUGUUAAAACUUAAACUUAAUGGAUUAGUAGAUAAAGAAAUUGUAUUACACAAAAAUAAUGCGUAUAAGCUAAAUGUAAGUAUACAAACACUAGCUAAGAUAUGCAAUAAGGCAGAAUUAAACAUUUUUGCAUGA